GCCACCCAAGUCUUAGUACCCAGGUUGCCAUGGAUCGGAUGAAGAAGAUCAAACGGCAGCUGUCAAUGACACUCCGAGGGGGCCGAGGCAUAGACAAGACCAAUGGUGCCGCUGAGCAGAUAGGCCUGGAUGAGAGUGGUGGAGGUGGUGGCAGUGACCUUGGAGAGGCCCCUAUCCGUGUUGCCCCUGGGGAACUUCGCUCUGGUCGGGGCCCACUCAGCUCUGCACCAGAGAUUGUAUAUGAGGACAUGAAGAUGGGGUCUGAUGGGGAGAGUGACCAGGCUUCAGCCACAUCCUCAGAUGAGGUGCAAUCUCCAGUGAGAGUACGCAUGCGCAGCCACCCACCUCGCAAGAUCUCCACUGAGGACAUCAACAAACGCCUGUCACUACCAGCUGACAUCCGGCUGCCUGAGGGCUACCUUGAGAAGCUGACCCUCAAUAGUCCCAUUUUUGACAAGCCUCUUAGCCGGCGCCUCCGCCGUGUCAGCCUGUCUGAGAUUGGCUUUGGAAAACUGGAGACCUAUAUCAAGCUGGACAAGCUGGGUGAGGGUACCUAUGCCACUGUCUAUAAAGGCAAAAGCAAGCUUACAGACAACCUUGUGGCACUCAAGGAGAUCAGACUGGAACACGAAGAAGGGGCACCCUGCACUGCUAUCCGGGAAGUGUCCCUGCUGAAGGACCUCAAGCAUGCUAACAUCGUCACACUACAUGACAUUAUCCACACAGAGAAGUCCCUCACCCUGGUCUUUGAAUACUUGGACAAGGACCUGAAGCAGUACCUGGAUGACUGUGGGAAUGUCAUCAACAUGCACAAUGUGAAACUGUUCCUGUUCCAGUUGCUCCGAGGCCUGGCCUACUGCCAUAGGCAGAAGGUGCUACACCGAGACCUCAAGCCCCAGAACCUACUCAUCAACGAGAGGGGAGAGCUCAAACUGGCAGACUUUGGCCUGGCACGUGCCAAGUCAAUUCCUACUAAAACAUACUCCAACGAAGUGGUGACACUGUGGUACCGGCCCCCCGACAUCCUUCUUGGAUCCACAGACUACUCUACCCAAAUUGACAUGUGGGGUGUGGGCUGCAUCUUCUAUGAGAUGGCCACAGGCCGGCCCCUCUUCCCAGGCUCCACAGUGGAAGAACAACUGCACUUCAUCUUCCGAAUUUUGGGAACCCCAACUGAGGAGACAUGGCCAGGCAUUCUAUCCAAUGAGGAGUUUAGAACAUACAACUAUCCCAAGUACCGAGCUGAGGCCCUUUUGAGCCAUGCACCCCGACUUGAUAGCGAAGGAGCUGACCUCCUCACCAAGCUGCUGCAGUUUGAGGGUCGCAAUCGGAUCUCUGCUGAGGAUGCCAUGAAACAUCCAUUCUUCCUCAGCCUGGGGGAGCGGAUCCACAAACUUCCUGACAGUCCCUUCCUGGAAUAAUAGAGCUAGCUGGGGGACUUUGGAUUUGGGAGAUUCUUUGUUGAGGUAAGGUUGUACUAGAUGUUAGUGUUCAGGCUUCUGUACUGGCCUGUCCUUGGGGUUCUGACAGGAAGCGUCCUCAACUGCAGCCACUAAGAGCACCUCCUGUGCACAUUCACUGUGUUCCCUUUAAAAGGGUCCUGCCCACCUCCCAUCUUUUCCUCUUUCUGUCUCUCUUCUCAUUUCUCUUCUCUUUUCCUACUCCUGUCACUAGAAGAUAGUCUCCCCAUUCCCCUCCCCACUUUUUCCCAUUCCCUCCCCCACCAUAGCAGCCCCUCCAUGAGAACCCUACCGCAUGGCAUCUUUCUCUUGUCUUUUUUAAAUUAAAAGACUAGGUAGCCCUGACUUGUGGUGGUAUGGUUUUUUUGAGACAAGUAUUACUGUGGAUCAGGUAGACCUUAGGCUUGCUACAUAGCUUAGGAUGACCUUGAACUCCUUUUCUUGCCACCACCUUCAAGUGCUGAGAUCAGGUUGCAUGUCACCACACUUGACUUUCUUUUUUUGAGACGAGACAGGGUUUCUGUAGCUUUGGAGACUGUCCUGAAACUAGCUCUUGAAGACCAGGCUGGUCUCAAACUCACAGAGAUCUGCCUGCCUCUGCCUCCCGAGUGCUGGGAUUAAAGGCGUGUACCACUACCGCCUAGCCAUACUUGACUUUCUAUAAAGAUUUUUAAAAGCCUCAUUUUGGUGGGCUAUUAUUUUUAUUUUGGGGGGGCAGUCUUAACCCUUUCACUGUACUGCCUAGGCUAUCCUAGAAUUGUGACAAUCCUGUCUCGGACUCCUAAGAAUUGAGAUUACAGGUUUGAGCCACUAUGCCUGGCUUAAAAAUCUCAACACACAGCAGACAGAGGAAUGUGAAUUUCUGUAAAUUCAAGGCCAGCCAGGUCUACAUAGUGACUUCCAGCAGAGCCAGGGUUAUAAGGACCAUGUCCCAAAAAUAAAAGUUCAUUACACAAAAAUUGAUCACCUUUCAUAUCUACCCACAGAAUUAAUGAUUCAAUCCCAAGCCAUCACCUUUCUUGUAGAUUUGUAGGUAGUAGUUAUAUUGGCAUUAUCAUACCUGAUAAACUUAAUACUAUUUGUCUCAAUGAGUAGUCCAGUAGUAAGUAGUCCAUGUCCCAUCUUCUUUAGUUAUAGACAUUUUGAUAGAAGAAAGUCUUAAAGAAGGAGAAACUUGUUCUAAUUCACAGAAUGGGGUGGGCCAUAUAGGGUUUUCUUCUGGGUAGACACAUGGAUCAUCUUCUACUUACAUGUCUCUAUGUCUCUUCAUCCACAGCUACUUCCAUAUUUGCACUAAAGGAGGUACAG